AUGACUGGCACAGAGCGCUCAGGCGUGGGGACCGCGGGAUCCAAGUUUGACGGCGGCACUCUGGAUUUUCCGGAAGUGCCCUACACGUCUACACACUUCAACCCCCGUUCUAAGUGUCCGAGUGGUUCUGGUUCCAUUCAGAACUAUGGAAACGCAAUGGAGGUGCGCAACUGCAACUUACUGACCCUGGCAGACCUCGAUCAGAGCCAGGACUACGUGAGAGAAAAGAUCGCCGGGUACCUGAACCACAUGAUAGAACUUGGUGUGGCGGGAUUUAGGGUGGACGCUUCCAAGCACAUGUGGCCCAAGGAUCUCACGGCCAUUCAGGGUAUGUUGAAGGAAACCAAGUUUGGAGGGAAACCUUUCUUCGCUCACGAGGUCAUCGACAUGGGAGACGGCGCCAUUAGAGCGACGGAGUACACCGACCUGGGCUACGUGACGGAGUUCCGUUACGGUCCCGCUAUGACGCGUGCCGUGCAAGACUUUGGGUCCUUCAAGAACGUCGGUGUUGGCGGCGGGAUGCUGGACUCAGGCCACGCCCUGGUCUUUGUGGACAACCAUGACAACCAGCGGGGUCACGGGGCAGGCGGCAACAUGGUGACCUUCCACAGACCGGAUGACUAUAAGUUAGUUCAGAGUACCCGCAAGAUCUUUCAGUGGACAUGCAUUGCCAGGAGGCGACCCCUAUGA